UGGAGUCCAAAGUAUUCAUGCACAUUCAUUGACAAAUUCUACUCUUACUCUCCCUUCACUCCCUCUCUCUAUCCAAGAAUGAAAAGAGCAAAAGUGAGUCCACUUUAUGAAGGAAGGAGAAGAAAGAGAAGCAUAGAAGAAAAGGAGUACAGCUCAAGAAGGGCAAGAAUAAUUGCAAGAGCAAGAAAACACGGCCAUAAAUCAAAUUUGAAAGCUCUUUAUAAAUGUAUCACCACUGGGUUGAAGAUCAGGAAUUACAUAACAGACCAGGAAGUGUCUAUGCUCAAACCUGAACCCAUUAUCGAGACUGCUGAGAUUUCAAAGUCUAAAAUUGAUCAUGUUAAGAUUGGAGAUAAUGCAAGAAAUGGCAUCAAAAGUGCAAAGAUGGAGAAAUGGGAAGGAGCAGCCGAAUGGUGGGAGGAGUGGCCGUUUUGCUGGAGUUAUGAGGAGCAAUGGAUGUGGUUGGGAGCGGACUGCAACUGCUGCGGCCGGCCAUGGGAGGUGAUGGGUGGCGAUCUUGGUUUAGCGAAUGGAGAGGAUAAAGAGGAAUCUUGGGGAGAGGAUGUUUGGAACUUGAGAGCUAUCAAAGACAUUCUAAACUAA